AUGUAUAAAAUAGAAUGUUCAAAUGGAGUAAAUCGUGGACUGCCUUGUUUCACAAACCAGAGCAGCUUUUACUCAAUAAUAAUAAUAAUUUUUUUGCAAGAUAUCAAAAGUUUUCAGUCGCAACUUUAAAAGAUGUGAACAUUAUUCUGUAUACAAAGGCCUAUAAAGAACGCAAUCAGGGAAAGUUAGAUGUUCUGUCAAGCACCCCAAGUGCAAGUAAAAGAGUUCCAAGUCGAAUACUUCACACUGUUGCUGCUUCAAGUGGUGCUUCACUUCCAGAUUUGUGGAACAGUGUUACUCUGACCUAUGGAAGUUUGAUUGCUGCAGGAGGUAUUACAGGGUAUGUGAGAACUCGUAGCAUUCCAUCCUUGCUAUCAGGUAUCAUAUCAGCGGCAUUACUUUUUGUUUCUUGGCAUCAAAAUUCUCCACCUCUCGCCUUUGCCGUGUCUUCAUUUUUAACUGCGGCAUUUUUCAUGCGUUUUCGAAAAACAAAGAAAAUAUAUCCUUCUGGUAUAUUAGGUGUCAUCAGCGUUGCUGCAUCUGCUUUUUUUGGUUACGUUUACUAUUAUUGGACUUAAAAGUUGAUAGUUUAUAACAUUUCUUU